AUACAGCGGGGACACUGAUUAGUUGACAGUAUUCGCCGGAAGCAGUUGUCCAUGGGCAGUGAAUGUUUCCGGAGGUCAGUGUCAUGACCGUGGCCAUGUGAACGAGAAGAGGUUCGGUUUUGGCAGAAUCAGUUACUGAAGUUCUUCUCGGUAAUGUUGUGAGGAUGGCUGCAAUGGAUGAAGAUUUCCCUCGUGGAGGGGUGCAGAGGAAGCCCACUAGGGAAAAGGUGAAGAGGAGCAAGGAAGAUGAAAACCUGUUUGGGGUGCAUCAUGAUGAUGUAAGAAAGAAACAGAAAAGGAAGAGAGCAGAAUUAAUCCCUGUAAAAGCGAAGAAACAGAAGACAAAGAAUGGUGGUACAUUGCAAACAAAACAAAAGAUUAAGGCACAGAUUCUCUCCUUCAAGAAACUGAAUGUUGGGAUGCUCCUGCUCGGCUGUGUGAAGGAAGUAACUGAUUUUGAACUCGUCGUUGGUUUACCCCAUGGGCUCACUGGUUACGUGAGUCUCACCAAUAUUUGUGAUGCAUAUACCAAAUCCCUGAGGGAACAGAUUGAUGAGGAGCUGUCCGAGGACCUGGUAGCCCUCUCAGACCUAUACAGCCCUGGUAUGGUUGUACGUUGUGCUGUCUAUGAGCUGGGAAAGACAAAAGCCAACCGCCACAGCUUGAAACUCUCCAUUAACCCGAAGGAUGUAAACAAGGCAUUGUCUCCUGGGGCACUGCAAGCUGGCAUGUUGCUUUCUGGCUGUGUGUCCAGUGUUGAAGAACAUGGCUAUCUGGUUGACAUUGGAGUCAAAGCCACCAAAGCUUUCCUCUCGCACACGAAAACCCAGGAGUACGUAAAGAAUAAAAAUCAAGGCAUGCCUCUCCGUGUUGGUCAGUAUCUAACCACUCUUGUGGAGUCGGUGAAGAAUGAUGGUCGCAUUGCCCAACUCUCGAUCCGUCACAUUGACGUUGCUGCAGCGACAGCAACUGAAGAUCAGAAGUGGAGUCUCUCCAAUCUGCUCCCUGGGCUGGUGAUCAGGGCUGAAAUUCAAAAGGUGGCAUGCCAUGGUUUGAUUCUGCAGUUCCUGUCUGGUUUCACCGGUUCUGUUGAUUUCAUGCAUAUGGAUCCACGGAAAGUCAAGACCUGUCACCCCGGGCAGAAGGUGAAAGCUUGUAUUUUAUAUGUGCAGCCGGAAACGAAGGCUGUGCACCUGACACUGCGGCCUGCCUUCCUGCAGCCAGGGGCAGUGUUACAGCAGCCAAGCCCACAUGGGAUCGGGAAGGUUCUUGAGCACUGCACUGUGCGGUGCUACCACAAAGAAGCUGGUGUCAUCUUUCAGCUGGCUGAUGGGACCUUUGCCUAUUCACGUAAAGUUCAUCUAUCUGGCACUAAGACGCCUCUUAACCCCAAUGACUUCCGUGAAGGUACCAAGCACAGGUGCAGGGUCAUUGACCACAGCCCAAUGGAACAGAUGGUUUUGGUGUCUCUGAAAAAGAGUGUUCUCGAUGCCCCAUUCUUGAAGUACCAAGACAUCAAACCAGGACAACUGGUCGAGGGUAAAAUCACCUCUCUGGAGAAUUAUGGGAUGAAUGUGAAGCUAACGCACCACAUUCGGGGACUGGUGCCUCGGGCACAUCUGUCAGACAUUCCCCUGAAGCAUCCAGAAAAGCUGUACAGUGUAGGAAAUCUGGUGAAGUGCAGGGUACUGAUGGUAAACAGUGACACCAAGAAACUUACCCUGACUCUGAAAAAGACGCUGGUUGGUUCAAAGCUUUCUGUUAUUACCCAGUAUAAGGAAGCUGUUCCCAAGCGACUGGCCCAUGGUUACGUUGUCUCUGUGAAGCCCUUUGGCUGCAUCGUCCGCUUCUAUGGUGACGUGCGAGGGCUGGUCCCACAGCAGGAGCUGAGCACCCAUCCCAUCCUCUUUCCUGAGAAGGUCUUCUAUGUUGGUCAGGUUGUCAAGGUUGCUGUCCUAAAGUGUGACCCAACUCAGGAGAAGCUGCUGUUGUCCCUGAAAGCCACACAGAACGUGGGAACCGAAGCUGAUGGUUUCACUAAGGAAAUUGAAGAAUCUUCAAUGUACCCAACUGGCAAGAUUGUGGAUGUGGAAGUCUUGGCGAAGGUAGAGAAUGGGCUAAAGGUCUCCAUUCUGCCACAGCAUGUACCUGCCUUUCUCCCAACGAUGCACCUCUCAGACCAUGUCUCAAAUUGUCGGCUUCUUGCUGCGAGGCUGCAGAAGGGUGACGUCCUCUCCAAUGUCAUGUGUUUAAGCCAAACAAACGGCCAAAUUAUUCUUUCUAGAAAAGCUGCAGUGAUAGCUUUUGCUGAACAAGGGCCAAUGCCAAAGGAUGUGUUGGAACUCCAGGUGGGUACACAAAUGCCGGGUUUUGUGAAGAACAUUAUGGCGUAUGGAGUGUUUGUCAAAUUCCCACAUGGACUGGUCGGCCUGGCUCCCAAAGCUGCUAUGUCUGAUAAGUUUGUCACAAACACAGAGGAUCAUUUUGUGGUGGGCCAGACAGUGGUUGCCAAGGUUACAAACCUGGAUGAGGAAAAGAAGCGAGUAUUACUGACUCUGAAAGUGUCUGAAUGUGGAUCUGCAGAGGGUGCUGGUGAAAGCCUUGCGCUCCUGAGUCAGUACUGUGCUGAACUGGAAUUUGUCAGGACCUUGAUGAGCAGCAGAGAUUCUCCAGUUGUUACCAGUCUGAGUUGCCUGGCCAUAGGGCAGAGACUCCAGCUCGUAGUGGAUAGAGUGGAGGAUGAUGGCACAGUAUACUUCACUGGUACACAGGUUACCAAGCUGACUGUUACAGCCAGUCGCUAUCACCAGCGGGAGGUGACUGUGAGCCCAGGACAACGGUGCACGGCAGUUGUGCUGUUUGUAGAUCUUCUCUCAUCCGUCGUUCACGUGUCUCUCCGUCAGGAGCUGCUAAAUGCCAAUGCGAGAAAGUUGAAAAGAAUUUCCCAGCACCUUGCUGUGGUGCAGCUUGUGACACAGGAUGUUGCCGUUGUUUCGCUGGCCGGCACUUCGAAGCUGCUUCUCGUUCCAGUCACAUUCCAUCUAAAUGACACCUUCCACUUUGACUCGGAGAAACUCUCUGUGGGGCAGACCAUCUCUCUGUCGCUGCAGACAGCUGGAAUAGAGCAUCAUGGGAUCCCGCUUGCUGCGCGUGGACACAGGAAACACAGCAGGGCCAAGCGAGAGCGCCAAAUGUCAGAAGGAGAAGAGGAUUUGAUACCUACAGUUCAGCAUGCACUGUGUAUUGGGGAUGUAAUAAGUGGAACUGUGAAAUCAGUGCAGGCAAACUGCUUGCUGAUUAAGUUAGAAGGCGGUGUGACUGGAUUUGUUCAUGCUUCGGAGAUCCUCGACCAGGUUCCCAACGGCUCCUUCCCAUCAUCGAAACAGAAAGUUGGCAAUGUCGUAACAGCAAAAGUCAUUGGAGGGAGAGAAGUAAAGUCUCACAAGUUUUUGCCGAUCACACACCCGAACUUUUCAGCGACUAUGCCGGAGUUAACACUGCGACCAAGCAAGCUGUCAGGAGACUGUGAGGUCAUGUACCAGAGUGAGCAAUUAGCAGACCAGCUCAAAUCCUACAAACCCGGCCAAGUGUUAACGUGUUAUGUGUCGAAGUACAACUGUACCAAGAAAUGUCUGGAUGUUGAAGUGACUCCAAUCAUUCAAGGGAGUGUGGAGCUGCUGCUGAUGUCUCAAAGAGUCAAGCACUUGAAGUAUCCCAAGAAACAUUUUCAAUCUGGUCAAGCCUUAACAGCAACAGUGAUCGCCCCAGACAGAACAAACACUCGUCUCAGCCUCUCUCUCACAGGUGCAUGCUCUCUGGAUGAAGGUUCGAUAACACUGGGCACAAUCGAGAAGGUCACUCCACACUUGGGGGUCACCAUCAGGCUCCCUUUUGGAAAGACUGGUCAAGUGGGGCUAUGUGAUAUAGCAGAUUCGUACAAAGAGUCACCAUUGGAGGAGCUCACCCUGGGCCGCAUGGUCAGGUGUUGUGUCAUUUCAAAGAAUGAGCAUGAGUUGGCAGUUUCUCUCAGGAGCUCGAGAGUGUACCCUGAGCGUGAGUCUUCAAUAAAUGACCCAGAGAUUACAACGGCCAAGGAUCUUCGGAAGGGGCAGCUCCUUAGAGGUUAUAUAAAGGCUGUUGGAGAGCCUGGAGUCUUUGUCAGCCUCUGUGCUUCGCUGUCAGGCCGUGUCCUCUUCAAUUAUGUCACAGAUUACUAUGUCAAGGACCAUGGAAUCUUCCUGGCAAGCAUCCCAAAAGGAAAGCUGGUGACAGUCAAAGUACUGAGCAUAAAUAAUGGACAAGGUGAAGUGGAGCUGUCACUCCUCCCUCAGGACACAGGAGCUCCAGAUGUGCUGUCAAAGUCCCUUGGCUUACCAUCCAAGCAAUCCAAAAUGCUGAAUGAUGCAAAAGGAUCGGUCUUAAAAACCUCCAAACGCAAGAGAAGAGGUUCGGAGAGUGAGCAGGUUUCCUCCAAAAAAUUGAAAAUAAAGAAGAAACAGAAGCAUUCGGAGGAGGCGGACAGUGGAGUGGAGGUAUACUGUCAUGAGGAGGACAGCGACGCUGAAUUUGAAGGGAGUAACACUGGAUUAUCACCUGUAUCCCAGCAGCAGCCAAAACCCAGAAAAACUCAGGUUCCCAGGCUAGAAGUGUCACGCAGCUUUGCUUGGGAUGUGAGUUUAAACACCAUCUCUCCUGUGACUGGGAAACAUGAAGACAUUAGCUCAGACAGUGAGGAUGACGAGCCUGAGGACUCCAAGGCCAAGCUGACGAGGAGAGAGAAGGAAGUGGGGAAACGGCAGAUGGAAAAAGAGCUGAUGAAGGCUGAGCAGCAGCUGAUGGACCCCAAUCGACACCCACAGUCAGCUGAUGACUUUGACCGUCUGGUCCUGAGCUCCCCCAACAGCUCCAUUCUCUGGACACAGUACAUGGCAUUCCACCUGCACACCACUGAGAUUGAGAAGGCACGAACUGUGGCAGAGAGAGCCCUGAAAACCAUCUCGUUCAGAGAGGAGCAGGAGAAAUUGAAUGUCUGGGUUGCACUGCUAAAUCUGGAGAAUCUCUAUGGCACAGAAGAGUCGCUGAUGAAAGUGUUUGAACGUGCUGUUCAGUACAGUGAGCCACUGAAGGUCUUCCAGCAGCUGGCCAGUAUCUACACCAAAUCUGAGAAAUACAAGCAAGCAGACAACCUGUACAACACCAUGCUGAAACGGUUUCGCCAAGAGAGCACUGUCUGGCUCAGUUACGCCACCUUCCUCCUCAAGCAGGGAAAGACUGACUCUACCAAUGCUUUACUGCAGAGAGCACUCAAGUGUCUGCCCCAGAAAGAACAUGUUGACAUAAUUGCCAAGUUUGCACAGCUGGAGUUUCGUCUUGGGGACACAGAACGGGCUAAGGCAAUGUUUGAGAGCACACUGAGCAAUUACCCCAAACGCACAGACCUAUGGUCAGUCUAUAUUGACAUGAUGGUGAAGCAUGGUAGCCAGGACGAAGUCAGGCAUCUCUUUGAAAGAGUCAUACACCUGAAGCUCGCGCCAAAGAAGAUGAAGUUCUUCUUCAAAAGGUAUCUAGAGUAUGAGAAGAAACACGGGAGUGAGGAGAGGGUACAGGCCGUGAAGGAGAAGGCGCUGGAAUAUGUUGAGUCGACGAGCUUGUCUGUGGACAGCUAAUUGGACUGCUCAAUGGUUGUGUUGGACUCCGAGAUUCCUUUGUUGGAGGAAGGGCAGUGCAGGAGAACUCUGGACAAUCCAAUGAAAAUUCAAUGCCCAAAAGCUUCUCCAAUCCUUCAGCAACAGUUUGUCUUUGAAAUAUGUGUGGAGUUGAGAAUCUGGUGUCUAUUGCAAUCUCAGACUCCAGUGCCUGCCUUGGCCUGCUUGCCUGAAGAUAGCUGGUGUAGCAAAGCAUCAAUCUGGGGUGCUGUGGUUAGCUCACGGCCAAGUGCCACCUUGACCAGAACAGUUCUUGCUCCACAUUCACUCCAACUGAUGGUUAACUGAAAACAUUCCUGCUGUUAUCUUUCUAUUGACAAUGAAUGUUAUUCCCUCAAAUAAAACCUAACAUAUUGCAAAGUGA